UAUUGGUGUCCACAAUCAGCUUCACUGAUGCUUCCUUUUUUGCAUAAUAUGUAAUUUUGAUAAAAUUAAUACUUCAGCUAAUAAAUAAAAAUUAUUGUGUCGUAAUUCCUACAUGUUCUACUUAUCCGCUAUUGAAAACUGGGGAAUGCCCCAUCCCCACUAACUCAUGGCUCAACCCCCACCGAGUGGCAUCCAGCGCAGUUCCAUCCUGUCCACCAGCUCUUCUGGUCAGUCGGAUGGCAGUCCACCGGCGGCCGCCACCCCGGGAACUAUCGGCCCGGUAAUCAUUUCGGCCGCAACGGGACUGGCGCAGCAACCGUUAGAGAUGGUGCAGAACCAGGUGCGGGCCAAUUUCCGGCAGGUUUUAGGAGUUGGGCACCCUCACGCGCAUGCAACUAUCCUUCAGCAGCGCGCCGCCCAGCUGCGCCCGGCAGUGCCGACCGCCCUGGAGACUCAAGUGCGUACGACGUUAAUGCAGGCGUUGAACCCUUUCGAGGACCAGAAUACGGUGCGCAAUACCCUGGUGCAGGCGCUGAAUUUGCCGACAGGUACCGGUACGGAAGCCUCUGUACGCAACCAGAUCAUCCGCGCCCUCAGCCAGGCCCAACAACAAUUAACCGGCACCCAGACCCAGCUGUUGCAGUCCCUGGGCAUCCAGCCAACCCCCACUUCGUUAGACGAACAACUGCGUACCCCCCUCUUGCAGGCCCUGAACUUAUCCCAACAGGACCUCACCGUCCAUAACCAGCGGCUGCAGCGCGCAGCAGCCAGUGCCCCACCGCCCUCCCCGGUGGCAGCCCCCUCACCCACCCGGAGCGUGGAGGGCGGCUGGAACCUCGCGGUUAAUCCCCAGUUGCUGGGGGCGCCAGAGCCCAGUACGAAGGAGGAUUACUUGUUUCUGGCGGACUGCUCGUUCCGGGCGCACCGACACGAGGAACUGUUGAACCAUGUGCGAGCCUUUUUGAUGGUGCGGGAUGGGAAGAGAGACUUGCUAAAGGAUGAGCGAUACUUUAUUGCGGUGGCAUAUAAAGAUUCGGUGCGAAAUGUAAGGGAUUCUUGGAGGAAAAUUCGCCGGGCAGAUGUGGAAGCGAAAGACACUUUUAAAGCGAAAACAGCUGCAAAUUACCGCGCAGAACUGGAGAUCAGGAUGCGAGUUAUUUGCAAUGAAGGCCUGAUGGUUUCCAGCAAAAUUCUCUCGGAAGUGGUUUCCAGUUUGGAAACCCGUCUGUACUUCCAAAAAGUUAAGGGUGAUCUUUACCGGUACAUAGCGGAAUACUCUACGGGUGUGGAUCGCGUGGAGGCGAGUAGUCUGGGCAGGACAGCGUAUGAAGAAGCUGACCGCAUCAAGACCUGUGUGUCGGCUGUGCAUCCGCUGCGACUGGGUUUGGCACUGAACUUUGGGGUAUUCCUGCGCGAUGCCUGCCAGGACUCUGGGCGUGGCUGGCGAGUGACGAAGGCCGCCCUAGAUGAUGCCAAUCGCGGCUUCCAAAUGCUGGCGGAAUUAGAUGCUAAUGAUUAUCGCGAGUCCAACGGGUUGCUGAUGAAUCUACGCAGGAAUCUCAUGCGCUGGAAUACGGCCGAGAUUGAUAUGGAAACACAGAAUCCCAAUUAUCCUGUUAAUCUUAGGGGCUAAUGUCUUUUGGUAAAGAGACUGGUCUGAUGCUCUGAUUGCAAUAUUAUUACAUUAAUGCUGUCAUAAAACGGUUAUAUAGAGCCAGCGAGCUAACAGAAGGUAGUCAAAUUACAUGGAGGGCUCGCAUAGUGAUAUUCGUCAACAAAACAAUAAACAUCAUUAUCGAAAA